AUGAACAAGCGCCGUAGAACAUCUUCAGUUGCAAGUCGAGGCACAGAAGAUGAUGGUGAUGACAUACCGCCUGAGCCGACAAAGAGACGGAAAAAAUUAGAUCCUAGCGAUUUGUGCCAACAAUUAUAUGACGUACUACGUAAUCAAAAAAAAGAAGAUGGAACAUUAUUAUGUGAUGCAUUUAUACGUGUGCCUAAACGUAGACAAGAACCAGGUUAUUAUGAAGUUGUAACAAAUCCUAUAGACCUAUUAAAGGUUCAACAGAAACUAAAAACAGAUGAAUAUAGGGACAUGGAUGAUUUGGCAGCUGAUAUUCAACUUAUGGUUAAUAAUGCGAAAGCCUUUUAUAUGCGUACGUCUCCUGAAUACAAAGAUGCUACUGAACUCUGGGAAUUAUGUGUAAAUACAAAAAAUCGUAUUAUGGAAGAGUAUGAAGAGUCAGAGCCUAAAGGGAAACUUAUUUUAAAAGUUGGACGACUGGCUAGAAAAGCUACGAUAAAGCAAGAAGACGCAGAAGAUACGUCUGAGAGUUCUACGAAUCCCGACGAGGAGACGAUCCAACAAUUUGAAGAUCUAUUUGCGGCAGUUAUGAUGGCUACGGAUCCAUCUGACAAUAAUAGGCCAUUGCAUACUAUGUUUCAACUUAAACCUUCGAAAAAAUUAUAUCCAGAGUAUUACGAUGUAAUUGAAACACCGGUGGACUUGAAGACAGUCGCAAGGAAGAUACAAGAAGGAAUUUACAGUUGCACCGCCGACAUGGAGAAGGAUUUGAUGUUGAUGUGUCGUAACGCUUGCCAGUUUAACGAGCCUGGCUCUCAAAUCUACAAAGAUGCGAAACUAUUGAAAAAGAUCAUUACCGCGGCGGCGAGAAAACAGGAUAUCGGAUUCAGCAGCUCUGUCCCAAAAAUCGCGACGACCGCGCCGUCGACUCGAAGUAAAAGAGGAAGCCGUACUAUGGCGCAAUCGUUAAUAGCUCAAACAGCAGCUUUGCGGGACGAAGAUGAAGAGAGCGACGAUGAAGAGGAAGAAGCUGCGGAGACCGAAGAAGCUGACAAUCCACAGUGGCAAUUGUUUCAGACUAUCAGAACUGCGCCUAACAAUCAAGGAGUUAGAAUGAGUGAAUAUUUUUGGAAACUACCAUCGAAGAGGUUGUACCCUGACUAUUACAAAAUGAUCAAGAAUCCGAUUUCUUUACUACAAAUUCGUACAAAAAUAAAGAAAGGUGAAUACGGUACUGUCAGCGAAGUGGCUGGCGAUAUGAACAUCAUGUUUGAAAAUGCCAAGAAGUAUAAUAUUCAUACUUCUAGACUAUAUAAGUGCGCUGUAAAGCUACAAAAAAUUAUGCAGGAGAAAGUCCAAGAGCUGCUAGAAUUCGAUCAGGAUUCGGACUCUGACAGUGAAUUUGAAAAUAGUUCCCAUCAACCGAAACUGAUUAAGCGCGCUUCGAAUUUGUUAACGCGUGGCAAAUACAAGGAUAAUAUACCAUUGAAGAAACGGUUAUACACGCUAGUUAAAUGCGUCAUAGAAUACGUUUGCGAAGAUGGCCGGCAGCCAAUGUUAAUGUUCAUGGAAAAACCGUCGAAGAAAUUAUAUCCCGAUUAUUAUCAAGUGAUAGCAGAGCCGAUCGACAUGUUACAAAUCGAAGCUAAUAUCAAGGCAGAAAAGUAUCAGAGCGAAAACGAGUUGAUACAAGAUUUUAAGUUAAUGUUUAAUAAUUGUCGCCAAUAUAAUGAAGAAGGUUCUUUAAUAUACGAAGACGCGAAUACCCUUGAAAGAGUUUUAAUGGAUAAGGUAAAAGAGUUGGGUCCUUUGGAUGGGCCAAGAGGAACAAAAUCAAGUGGAUCUACACCCACUAGAAAUAUUGGGAGACUUAAAAGAGUUGUGCCAUUGCAUCUACAAAAAUUGAAAACUAUGUACGACACCAUAAAAGAUUACCACGACGCUAAGGGAAGGCAGUUGUCGUUAAUUUUUAUGAAAUUACCAAAUAAAAAUGAAUACCCCGAUUAUUACGAGGUAAUUAAACAACCGAUGAACAUGGAGAAAAUAGCUUCCGCUUUAAAGAAUAAUGGAUACGAGAAUUUGGAUGAACUCGUGUCAGACUUCAUAUUGAUGUUCGACAAUGCCUGCAAGUACAAUGAACCCGACUCGCAAAUAUACAAGGAUGCUUUAAUCCUUCAAAGAUUGGUUCUUCAAACCAAGUUACAAUUGAGUGAAGACGAGGAAAGUGUGCCUGACGUGGCAGCUGCGGUUCAAGAAAUAUUGGCUACCAUCUUCACUGCUCUUUAUAAUCAUCAAGAUGAGGAAGGAAGGUGUUACUCAGAUUCUAUGGCAGAACUUCCAGAACAUGAUAUUGUUGAUGGCAAGAAGGUACGAGGACUGUCGUUAGAUUUAAUUAAGAGGAGGCUGGACCGAGGAGUGUACAAGCGGUUAGAUCGGUUUCAAGAAGAUGUGUUUACGUGUUUAGAAAGGGCUAGAAGACUAUCGCGUACAGAUUCACAGCCUUUUGAGGACAGCGUAGAGCUUCAAGCAUUUUUUUUACGUACUCGCGAUGAUGUAACUCGUAGCGGAGAUCUUUUGCAUUCACCAGCCCUUAACUAUACCCUUCUCGAUCUUUCAACGCAAGUUGCAGAAUUAAAACGCAUCAAGCAGCAGCAAGAAUUGUCAUUGCCUAAUGAAGACGAAAGUUGUGACGGAAAUGAAACGAAAGAUUCUGAAACGAACACAAACACGGAAGGAAUUAAUAGUGAUAGCGGCGCGUCCAUGAGUUUUAAUCAAGAAGUUUAUAGAGCUGGUGAUUUCGCGUACAUAGAGCCCACGGAAAGAGGCAUGGAGUACAGCGUCGUUCUCAUAGAACGUCUCUGGACAAACGGGGAGGGUCAACAAAUGUUAUAUGGCAACUUAUUUUAUAGACCGAGCGAGACUUAUCACGUAGCGUCUAGAAAAUUUCUUGAUAAAGAAUUAUUUAAGAGCGACGCUCACGUAGCCGUACCUUUGGCCAAAGUAGCUGGAAGAUGUUGUGUGUUAAGUGUUAAGGAUUAUUUUCGAAUGCAACCUGAAGGUUUUUUGGAGAAGGAUGUGUACGUGUGUGAAUCGCGAUAUUCUACGAAAGCGAGGGCUUUUAAGAAGAUUAAAGUAUGGAAUUUUGAUCCGGAUCAUUUAAAAUUAAUUCCAAGAGAGAAACCGUUGGAGCCAAAACGAGUGAUAUCGGUUUACAAGGAGAGGCUGGAAAAGCACAAAGAGGAAAUAGCCGAGUUGGAAGAAGGAGAAAAAUUGAUGGAGAAGGAAAGACCUAAUGUUAUAUUGUACAAUUCAGAAGACACAGAAAAUACUUACUACGAACAAUACAAUACGUGCGCGGGCCCGAUAAAAACUGGCGAUUUUGUUUAUGUAGCAACGGAUGGAGGUAGACAACAAAUUGCGCAGGUCGAUGCUGUUUGGUCGACAAAAGAUGGAAAAUGUUACUUCAAGGGUCCGUGGCUGUUAAUGCCCGCGGAAGUGCCACAUGCUCCUACAAAAUUAUUUUACAAACAAGAACUUUUUUUGUCUACGGUCGAUGGUACUCACCCUAUCGUGGCCGUCGUUGGGAAAUCUGCUGUGCUGGAUUACGGAGAGUACAUUUGCAGUCGACCAACGGAAAUCCCGGAAGACGAUGUAUAUAUUUGCGAAUCGUUGUAUGACGAAAGUAAAAGCCUGAUGAAGAAACUCGGGCAAGAGGGUCUGAAGAAAUUUCACCACAGUUCAGCAGUGACCGAGGAUGAGAUUUACUUCUUCCGGAGGCCCAUCAACCCAGCCAAGGUACCGGGCGACGUGGCUCAAACGCAAAAUCAAGUCAAGUCUGUUACCUCUAGCUCGACUCAAUUCGAAAUGGAAGCAUCACCAUUGUUACCGAAGCUGGAAGCCGAUGUGCUAGGCAUGGGAGUAGGAUUAGGCGUGGGAGUAGGAGUAGGAGUUGGGGAGGACAGCAUGGACGCCGGUGGUCCACCGUCCGUUGGAUCUGCAGAAGCUCAACCGGUGCUCUCCAAUACUCAGACACCCGUGUCGACCAAAAAGAAAACGGCGGGUAAGAAAUUAGUUACGGGCUAUAUUUUAUAUUCGAGUAAAAUGCGAACGCAGAUUACGCAAAACAAUCCUGAAUCGUCCUUUGGGGAGAUUAGCAGAAUUGUUGGCAACGAGUGGAGGAAAUUGCCGGCGGGGGAGAAACAAGCUUGGGAAGAAAGGGCAAUUAAAAUGAAUGAGGAUGGCGGCCAACUUAAAGGAAACAACGUCUCGGUAACGACUAACGCUUUGCAAGAUGUAGUUUACGAAUGUUGCUGGGACAAUUGCGAUUGGCAAUUCGAGGAUAUGACCGAUUGUAUCGACCACUGCAUCGCCGAACAAAACGGACACGUUCAGUCGUCGUUUGUUAAUGCCGCGAAUGAUGUCGAGUUUCAAUGUCAAUGGCGAGGUUGCGGUCGUACGAAAAAAUCUGUCCCUCCGUUCCCGAGCGUGCAGAGACUCGCGAGGCACGUUAAGGAAGUGCAUAUUCUUAAGUCGAACGGACGUAUCAUACCUCCAUCGGAAAGAAGCAAGAACUAUAUGCCAUCGAAAGGGCCAACAGUAUUGCCACCAAUGGAAACCGAAACAUCAGCGGCCGCAACGCAAACGAGUAAUGUCCCUGUGGUUAAGCAACCAGAGCCUAUGUUUGUUGCUGUUCCUCCAAGACCAAGUCGCGUACUGCACUCAGAUGCCUAUUUACGAUAUAUUGAAGCAUUGAACGUAGAAAAUCGAUACAUAUCAAACUGGGAUAAACAGAUGAAUGCUACACCCGAGAACACGCAAAUUCCUGAUGUAACGAAAUUGCCUGCGGAAUGGUUGGGCAACGGUGUGGGUAACCAUGGGAACGUGGUGAACGCCUUAUGGACGCUCAGGAACAUGAUGAUGCGAGAUGUGUUAGCCAUCAAUAAAACUUUAUAGUUUAUAACUCGUUAAGAGAGAUCUAUUAAUCUUUAAUAUUCGAUGCUACCUUUAAAAAAGAAACUGCAAUUUUCAGGUCCGUCGAUGCUAGAUGAAAGACUGAAGACUUGUCAUUUCGAACGAGCGUAUUUAUAUUUCUACAUCCUUCUUUUUCGUCUCAUUUCACUUAAAAUGUAUAACUUAAUCAUAAUGACCAUUCAUUUAGCGACAUUUCUCGAAUUUAUAAUUAAAGUUAACUAGAAAAUCGAAUUUUACAUUACGAAAUUCAUAGAUCUGCAAUGUAUAUUUAUUUCGAUUAUAAUUUAGCAGAUUAUAAGGAAAGUUAAUUUCAAUUUCUUAUUAUCUUGGUAAAUAAAAGAAAAUGGAAGAGGUGCUGCGAGCAUUAUUUUCGAUAUAUAUCAUCUAUGGAUCUGUUAGGAGUAGGAGAAACGGAAACGUUGCGCUGUAAGAAUGGCCACUUUGUAAAUACUUCGCUAAUUCUUCAUUUUAACUUUCAUAAAAAGAAAGAAUUUUGUAUUUUGUGUGUCGCGCAUCAAUGAAAGUGUGACUUGAGAAUUUCUUGUAUUGAUAUUGUAAAAUGGAACUGUAUUGUACAUACAAAAAAGUAAUGCACACUUUAGAAAUGAGCCCGACAUAGAUAAUAACUAAAUACUAUCUAUUGUAAUUAUGAAUGUUAAUUUCAUGACAACAGCAAUCGUAAAUUUUUAAUGUAAUAUUUUCACUUACUUUUUUAAAGGAUCUUUGAUAUAAAAAAAAAUAACUAUUCGAUAAUCUGUUAUUCGCUAUCUUUUAUAUGAUAUUAUUUCGGUCGUUUCAACGAGGUAGUAUUAUUCAAAUUGUACAUAAUUAGAAAUGAUAGUAAUUUUCUAAAGUAUAACAAUUACAGAAACAUUUGACAUUGUUACUGUUACUUCCUAAAGAUUACAGAAAAACAUGGUCGAUACAACACUUAUCUGAUCUUUCUUACUGUAUUACUUAUGAAUAAAAAGGACAUUUCUUUAUAACAAGAAA